UAGAGUGGGGGAGACAGAGAACAUUGCAAGUAAAUAAAAUUACAGAUACUUACAUAGGUGAUUUGGGCCUCAGAGGUGGAGAGAGCAAAGGGGUAAAUAAAAUUACAGAUAUGCACAUAAGUGCUUGGUGCUCCUGCCAUCAUCUCCACAUUAGUCUCUUUGGCUCUUGUGCAGUACUCCUGUGUGUCUGUUUAUUGUUGUAUUGUACUCUUCCAGGAGCUUAAUACAGUGCUCUGCACACAGUAAGCGCUCAAAUAUAUAGAAUGACUGACAGUUCCUCAGAGAAACUCCACCAUCUUUGCCUCACCAAAGCCUGCCCGCCUUGCAAGGACCACAUGCUGAGUUUUGAGCUGCUUCUUCCACAGCUCACGCUGUUCCUUGAAGGGCCUCACAUCUUCCACCGUCUUUGGCAGUAAAAGUAGCCCCUUGCUGUCGAAGAAUGUGUGUGAGCCUGAUCCGAACAUUCCUGUCUAAUGGCAUUGAGCGUCUUCCUCAUAUUAAAUGUCCUCCAGAAGCUUUGCAAAUAUUCCUCGCUAGCGAGGCGGUAAGACUGUCCGAGUUGCUAGAGUUGCAACGGCACGUGGAUAUCACUCGUUGGCAAGAACAAAACUUGAGGAGGAGCCUUAACUGACCCGGAGGCUCAUGCUGUUUCCAUCAGGCCCCGCCAUUUCUUGGAGAAUCAUGAUUAUUUUCAACACAAAUUGAUUAUAUUUUACAGGUGGAGAGUACAGAUAAAGCUUAGUAGCUAACCUUGACCUUGUAUAUCUGUGAACAGCAUUGGUUAGUUUAUUAUUAUCUUACUGUAUAGCAAAGCACUAAGCAGUACCUUGCCGGUGAAAAGAAUGCAUGGUUCUCCCAAAGGGUCUGAUUCAUUCCUAAAAGCAACUUUGGCUACUCUGUCAAAGAUUGAUAUUCUUGAGGAUCCCAUCAUCAGAAAUGUGAUCGUGCUACAAACAGUUCUCCAAGAAGUGAGAAAUCGGAGUCCGCCGGUUUAUAAACGAAUUAGAGAUGUGAUCAAUAAUUUUGAAAAGCACUUCUAUACCUUCACUAAUGAACAUCACAGAGAAACGUACGUGGAACAGAAACAGGGGGAAAGCGCUAAUGAUCGAAACGACAGAGCCAUUCGAGUCGCAGCCCGAUGGUACAACGACCACCUGAAGAAAAUCAAGGCAGAGGACAACCCGCCCCACGUUGUCUUAAUAACAAAUGACAGGAAAAAUAAAGAGAAGGCUAUAGAGGAGGGCAUACCAACUUACACGUGUGAGGAGUACGUAAAAAGCUUAAUAGCUAAUCCUGAGCUUGUCGAUCGUCUUGCUUCUAUAUCUGAUGAAAAGAAUGAAAUAGAAAGUGGAAAAAUAAUAUUUUCUGAGCACCUUCCCCUUAGUAAGUUACAGCAGGGCAUAAAAUCUGGCAUUUACCUUCAAGGAACAUUCAGAGCCAGUAGGGAAAAUUAUCUUGAAGCCACAGUAUGGGUUCAUGGAGAUGCCGAAGAGAACAAAGAGAUAAUUGUGCAAGGACUUAAAAAUUUAAAUCGAGCAGUUCAUGAAGAUAUCGUAGCUGUGGAACUCCUGGCAAAAAAUCAGUGGGUGGCCCCAUCAUCUGUCGUCUUGCUCGAUGAAGGACAAAAUGAAGAUGAUUUGGAGAUGGAAGAGGAAAAAGAAAAUGCGCUGAAGACUGCUGUAAAUGAGAAAAUGUUAAGGCCUUCUGGUAGAGUGGUGGGAAUAAUCAAAAGGAAUUGGAGACCGUUUUGUGGUAUGCUUUCCAAGUCCCUUAUUAAAGAGGCAAGAAGGCAUCUCUUUACACCGGCUGACAGAAGGAUCCCUCGAAUUCGAAUAGAAACCAGGCAAGCCUCCACGUUAGAUGGACAGAGAAUUAUUGUUGCUAUCGAUGGUUGGCCCAGAAAUUCUAGAUAUCCUAAUGGUCACUUUGUAAAAAAUUUAGGCACUGUUGGAGAUAAAGAGACAGAGACAGAGGUGCUUCUUCUUGAACAUGAUGUCCCCCAUCAGCCUUUCUCCCAAGCAGUCCUCAGCUUCCUGCCAAAGAUGCCUUGGAGUAUUACUGAAAAGGACAUGAAAAAUAGAGAAGAUCUGAGACAUCUGUGUGUUUGUAGCGUGGACCCUCCGGGAUGUACUGAUAUUGAUGAUGCUUUGCACUGCAGAGAACUGGAAAAUGGAAAUCUAGAGGUCGGUGUCCAUAUUGCCGAUGUCAGUCAUUUUAUUCGUCCAGGAAAUGCUUUGGAUCAAGAAUCUGCAAAAAGAGGAACGACUGUGUACCUGUGUGAAAAAAGGAUUGAUAUGGUUCCAGAGUUGCUUAGCUCUAACUUGUGCUCCUUAAGAUCUAAUGUGGACAGGCUAGCAUUUUCCUGCAUUUGGGAAAUGAAUCACAAUGCAGAAAUUCUGAAAACCAGGUUUACCAAAAGUGCUAUUAAUUCAAAGGCAUCUCUUACGUACGCUGAGGCGCAGAUGAGAAUUGAUUCCGUAAGCAUGCGUGAUGAUAUCACCACAAGUCUCCGUGGCCUGAACAAACUAGCCAAAAUUCUGAAAAAGCAAAGAAUAGACAAAGGAGCUUUGACACUCUCCUCCCCUGAGGUUCGCUUUCAUAUGGACAGUGAAACCCACGACCCUAUAGAUCUACAGACAAAGGAACUUAAAGAAACAAAUUCCAUGGUGGAAGAAUUCAUGUUACUCGCCAAUAUCUCUGUUGCAGAAAAAAUUUAUGAAGAGUUUUCUGAGCACGCCCUGCUCCGAAAACAUCCUGCCCCGCCUCCAUCCAAUUAUGAAAUCCUUGUUAAGGCUGCUAAAUCUAAGGAUUUGGACAUUAAAACGGAUACAGCAAAGGCUCUGGCUGAAUCAUUAGACGGUGCAGAAUAUCCUACCUUUCCAUAUUUAAACACCCUUCUGCGAAUACUGGCCACCCGCUGCAUGAUGCAAGCUGUCUAUUUCUGUUCUGGAAUGGAUAAUGAUUUUCAUCAUUAUGGCUUAGCUUCCCCGAUAUACACACACUUCACUUCACCCAUCAGAAGGUACGCUGAUAUAAUUGUGCAUCGGCUACUGGCUGUGGCGAUAGGAGCGGACUCAACGUAUCCCGAGCUCACGGACAAACACAAACUAGCGGAUCUGUGUAAAAAUCUCAAUUUCCGACACAAAAUGGCCCAGUAUGCCCAGCGAGCGUCGGUGGCGUUCCACACGCAGUUGUUCUUCAAAAAUAAAGGAAUAGUGAAUGAAGAAGCCUACAUUUUGUUUGUACGGAAGAAUGCCAUUGUGGUGCUAAUCCCCAAGUAUGGCUUAGAAGGAACUGUCUUCUUUGAGGAGAAAGACAAACCAAAACCAAAGCUCACUUACAAUGAUGAGGUACCUUCCCUGAAAGUAGAAGACACAGCAUUCCAUAUGUUUGAUAAAGUUAAAGUGAAAAUCAUGUUAGAUUCCUCCAACCUUCAGCAUCAGAAAAUACGCAUGGCACUGGUGGAGCCCCAGAUUCCAGGAAUCAGCAUUCCUACAACUGCUGCCAGCUCCAACAGUGAUGAACCAGAGAAAAAGAAGAGCAAGCUAGAAAAAUAACUCUCUUGGUUAAAAAUGGAAAUUUUAACCCGUUACUUUUAAGUGCAUUUUAUUUUUUUUACAAUUUGCAUUUAUUAAACCACUACCCAAGUAUGUCUUAUAUACUUUGCUCAGA